GGGCCGGCUGCAUGGGGCGGCCGCGGGGCCGCGAAGGCCGAUCGAACGGGGCCGGGGCCCUGCCCGAAACUAUCGCCGCGCUGAGCCGGGCGCUGCCCGCCGGGCCCAGCCCCGAAAUCUUUCGCCGAGCCAAGUUCGACCGUCCGGAGGCGGCCCCCGCGCUCUGGCGGCUGCUCGCGGACGUGCUGUCGCCGCACCCGGCGCCCGGCUCCUCGCCGCCUCUAGAGGCCCAGGCCCGCCUGGCGAAGGCCGCCCUGCGCUCUCGGGGCUACCCGCGGCGGGCGCUGGCGCUGCUCCCCGAGGAUGGCUCGCAGGGCAGCCGGGAGCUGCUGCUGGCCCUGGCCUGGCUGCUGGCCCGCGGUCCUCUGCUGCAGCAGCUGCUGGAGCGCUCCCGCCUGCGGCUGGGCGACGAGCUGUGCGUGUGCCAGUGUGAGGCGCCGGCCCGCCCCGGCCCUCCCGCGCCCAGUGUGGACGCAGAUGGCCCCGUGGACAUCCGCCAGCUGCAGUGGCUGAUGGGAAAGCUGCGGUUCCGCUGGCGCAGCCUCUUCUCCAUGCAGCAGGAGCAGUGCGCCCUGCUGGCCAAGAUUCACAGCUACACCCGGGGCUGCCACGGGGACCGGGUCCUCGGCCACCUGUCUGUGACAGAGACGGAGCUACUCAGGGACCCCCGUCACGGCCAGCAGCUGCUGCAGAGCCUGGAGCAGGAGAACAUGCGCCUGGAGGCCGCCGUGGCAUGGAGGCGCCACCAACUGGUCUUCUGGCAGUGGGCGGACACUGUGCUGAGGACUUGCCCCCCCGACGCCCCGCGGCCCGGGAUCCCCACGGGGGCGCCCGGUGAGCUGGAGCUGUUGUCGCAGGAGCUGCGGGCCCUGCACGAAGAGCUUCGGGUCGCGGCCGAGACGCGGCGGGCAGCCUGGGAGGCUCGGGCUGGAACCCUGGGCCCUGAGUGGACAGUCUGGCACCGCGUCUCGCAGGAGGCUGUGCGACAGGAGCUGGCAGUGCUGCAUCAGGCCUGGGAGCAGGCCGGGGCCCCCAUCCCACCCCUCGGGCCCUACCGGCUUGUGAGGCGAGAGGCGGCAGGAUCCAAGGGCCCAGGCCUGCGGGCAGCCCAGGUGAUCGAGGCACUGAGGAGCCGGGAGGCCUGCCUGGAGGCGGUGCUGCACCAGCUGCAGGGACAGUGUCGCCAAGAGCUGGCCCGGCUGGCGGGAGCCCAGCCCGGCCUCCUCUGGAUCCUGCUGUCCAGAUGCUGAGGCUGAGGCACGUGCUGUCCUGCUCGGGGAGGGCUCGGG